GACGACGUGUCGACGUGUCGACCCUUGCAGCCUUGCAGACGAUCUGGCAACUGUCCAAGAUGCCUCCUCAGCUCUCAUCGACCACGCUCGGGCUCAAGUUCAUGCAGAGAGGCAAUGCCAACAAAUCACAAGCCACGUCUGAGCCUGCCCAGCCUAGCAUCGUCCCUUCACCGAGCGCGAUCGCACUUGGCAAACGUCGUGCUCCUUCGCCGCCUGUUGCUGCUCCACCUGCCGCCGUCAAUGGCAAGCUUGCCACAGUCUCGGCAAGCGCACCUGCCGCAAAGCGAGUGCGCUAUGUGACGGAAACCUCUCUGCUCAGCUUUCCCUUGGCCGGCUCUUCAUCUGCUGCCACGCCGUUGCAGACUGGCCGAAGAACGUAUGGCAUCGCCGAGCCAGCACCCGCUGAAGCGAAAGACGAGGAGGAGGCCGCAGACAGUGAGACUGAAGCAGAGAAGGAGUCACAGAGGAUUCUGGCCAACCUCGCGCCUUCACUUUCCAGCGCGAUAUCACAGGCGCGCAGACCACAAGACAAGGCCAAACGGCAGCCGCCACUGUCAGCUCCCACGCCCGAACAGCGCGAAGCGCACCGGCAGAGGGAGGCCCGGCUCGAAGCAGAAGGGACGGAGCGUAUCAUUCCCGUCAAAGAGAAAGCGUCACACGCUGGCAAGUCGGCGAACGGCUUCAUGAAGCCAGGCGGCUACGAUGCUAUCACGGCAGCCGAACCACGCACUGUCGUACCGGCAGAGCCAGAAGAUGGAGACAGCAUCAAACCUCAAACGCUGGACGAGAUCCGCGCGGCGCAGAAGAAAGACAAGAAAGCAAGGAGGGCGCUCAGAAAGGCUGCUGCCGCUCAGACAGCCGGAAACUAGCACAUGAAGCAAUCAUGCAUUGUCUGUUGUCAUCCUCUAGAGAGCGCCGCGCCGCGCUCAAUGGUGAUUCGACUUGUGAUGCUUCAGAUGCAUCUGGUAGUGAAUCGUGUAGCUGAUGAGGAAGACGCCGACAAUGGCGUGAACGAGCGGAGCCGCGCUAGCAUUCUCUCCAUCAAAGUAGCGAGCCUUGUAUCUCGCCACAGGGUUCAGUCCGGGCGAGUUGUGGGGCGCAGGUCCCUUGGGCAGCUUCGAGUAAAAGUC